AUGAUCAUUACAUUAAGUUUAUUAAUUGCUUAUUCCGUUUCUAGAAACAAUCGUGAUUAUUGUGUCAAUUACGAAAAUAAAAAGAAUACUUGUUCUAAGUGUGCUGAUGGUUAUAUACUCAAAGACGGUUAUUGUGUUCAUAAAUUAGAUCUUCAUUACAGUUUUGAUUCAACAAAAACAAACCCUCAAUGUGCAGAUGGUUAUAAGUUUAACUUUGUAGAUAAUACUUGUAUUAUAGGUGUUGAAAAAUGUAGAAAAAUUAAUAACAAACCUGAUACCACCAUAGUUAGUUAUUAUUGUGACAGUUGUUACAACGAUUUAACUGUUAUUAAAAAAACUCAUAAAUGUACCGACUGCUCAAGAGAAAAUAAAGGCUGUUUAAAGGCCGACGAAAAAUGUGAAACGUGUGCAGAAUGUAAUACUGGGUUUUAUCUUGAUCAAGGAAAGUGUGUCCAAUUACCCAAUUGUGAAAAAUAUUCAACUUCCACUUCAUGUAAACAAUGUAUUAUGGGAUAUUACCCCGACAUAGGUACUUGUGAACGCGGACGCAUGGACAAUUGUUUAAUUUAUACUUCACAGAAAGAUUGUGAUACAUGUGGUACAGAAUAUUUAAGUUUGGAAGGAGAAUGCCACCAUAUGCCAUACUGUGAAUACUUAAACAAUAAAAGGGAAGAGUGUGAAAAAUGCAAAGACGGUUAUGGCAAAUUAAUGACAGAUUGUGCGAAAUGUAUGGACAAUUGUGAAUUGUGUGGAUUGAAUCAGACAACAUGUGAAAAAUGUAAAACUGGAUAUCGGUACAAUUCAGGAAAAUGUAGCAAAUGUAUUUCAAAUUGUGAUGAAUGCAGCAAAGAUGAUACAUGUGACAAAUGUUCAAUGGGCACAAGUUACAUGGAAGGAACGACAAAAAAAUGUGAUACAAACACAGUUGAACAUUGUAUGAUCGGUAAACUAAAUAAUGUAAAUGUAUGCCAAGAAUGUGAAUUGAAUUAUUUCUUGAGUGAAGAUAAAACCAAAUGCAUUCAAUGCGAAAAGAAUUUGUGUUCAAAUUUGGAUUCAAGUGCAUGUAAAAUGUGUUCAAAUAACUGUGAACCCGUUGACUUGGAUAAAAGUAAAUGUGUUUCUAAGUCAGCCUGUAAAAGUACAAUUGGUGGGAAAUGCUCAAGUUGUAUAAAAGGAUUCUUCCUAACAGCAUAUUUCAAGUGUGAUAGUUGUUCAAAACAAUGCAAAGGAAUGUGUUACAAUAACGCAAGCAGUUGCAUUGUCGAAAAAGAAGAAGGAUGUGCAAUAGCUGAUAUCAAUCACGUGUGUAUUACAUGUGAAAAUGGUUACAUGUUUUCAAAUAAGAAGUGUGUCGAUGCAUCUAAAGGAAGAGUUUGUCAAGUUUAUGAUUCGGAUAAAAAAUGCGUUGUUUGUCAAGUCAGCGAUCCAGAUAACACAGAUAAUGAUAAAUUUGUUUUUCCCGUUUGGAACAAUACUUGUGAAUUAGAUAAGGACGAUUCAAUGAAUUCCGAUAAUAAUGAUUCAAUAAAUUCCAAUAAUAGCGAAUCAUUAAUUAUCGUAACAAUGACUAUUAUUUUGGCAAUAUACUCAUUAUUGUGA